AUGAAGCUCCACUUCCUCUCCUUCUGGGUUUUCGCCCUCCUGGUCACUCUGGUGACCUCGACAGCCAUCUCAACCCGCUGCAACUGCGACCUCGCCAAGGACAACACCGACGAUGACAACAUCUCCUACGAAACCACGCUGGCUUACUUCAAGUGUCUGCAUCGCUGCACCGGCCAUGCCUCCGUCAAGAAAGCCCUCAAUGGGUAUCUCCGCCUCUACACUCGAGACAACGUCGACUCAGAGCUAGAUACCUCCUCUGCCCCUGUUACCCACAUUGAUCCCAUCGAUGACUCCACCAAUGAAGCCAACACCGAGGAAGGCCUUACCCUCAUCGAUGACUACGAAAACGACGAGGAAGGCCCCUCGGCCGAAACCUCGGACGACACUGUUCCCCCCACCCCCAAGAACAAAGCCACGGCCACCAACGACGGCGAGAUGUCGACCCUAGACCGCAAAUGCCACCGUCGCUGCCGCCGCCACAGGGACUGCUGCCACACGGACAUCUGCUACUCUGGCGUGUGCCUGGGACCAGGCAAAUCGCCUUAG